UAUGCUUAUAUAUUAUAUAGUUACUUUCAUGCUUAUGCUUAUAUAUACUGUUGUGACAAAAUAAAUAAAUAAAUAAAUAAAUAAAAUAAAGCCAACACCCCAGAAGACAAUAUCAGGAUCCAGAAAGUUCUUGACAGACUUGAACAACAGGCCCUAUCCAGCAAAAUGAAAUUUAAUGUGGAGAAAAGCAAGGUUUUACAUUUAAGGAGGGGAAAACCAAAGGUACACAUACAGAUUAGGUGAAACUUGGCUUAAAAACGGUACCUGUGAGAGGAACCUUGGAGUCCCAGUGGAUGAUAUGAGCCAGCAGUGUGUGCCAGCAUCCCAAAAAGCGAAUAAAAUGGUUGUAUAAACAGAGGCAUAGAAUCAAAACCACGUGAAGUAUUAGUACCACUUUAUAAAGCCUUAAUAAGGCUACAUCCAGAAUUACUGCAUCCAGUUUUGAUCACCACAUUACAGAAACAAUGUUGAGGCUUUGGAAAAAGUGCAAAGAAGAACAACUAAGAAGAUUAAAGGCCUGGAGACUAAAACAUAUGAAGAAAGGUUGCAGGAUUUGGGUUUGGCUAGUCUAGCGAAAAGAAGGACUAGGGGGGACAUGAUAGCAGUAUUCCAGUAUUUGAGAGGCUGCCACAAAGAGGAGGGGGUCAAAAUAGAAUAGAAUAGAAUUUAAUAGGAUAGAAUAGAAUUUUUUAUUGGCCAAGUGUGAUUGGACACACAAGGAAUUUGUCUUGGUGCAUAUGCUCUCAGUGCAUAAAAGAAAAGAUAGGUUCAUCAAGGUACAACAUUUACAACACAAAUGAUGGUCAAUAUAUCAAUAUAAAUCAGCAUAAAAAAAGCACCAGAGGCUUCACCACAUGAAACAAUGGAUGCAAAUGAAUCAAGGAGUGAAGCAAUCUGGAAUUAAGGAGAAACUUCCUAACAGUGAGGACAAUUAACCAGUGGAAUAGCUUGCCUUCAGAAGUUGUAGGGGCUUCAUCAUUGGAGGUUUUUAAGAAAAGGCUUGACAGCCACCUAUCUGAAAAAGUAUAGGGCCAUGAUGGCAAACCUAUGACACAUCUGCCGGAAGUGACACACAGAGCCAUUUUUCAGGGCACGCGAGCUGUCACCCAACUCAUCUGCAGAUGUACAUGCACAUGCACGCCAACUGGUGUUUGGGCCUCUGGUGUGUAUAUGUGCAAUUCAGGGUACCCAGCUGGUCUUCGGAGCUGUCCUGUGCAUGUGUGCACAUUUGCGCAUGCGUGCGAGAGUACUGGCGUGCAGUGCAAGCAUGCGCAGAUGACAUUCACGUAUGUACAUUGUGCAUGUGAAAACAAUGCACAUGUGCAGAUUGUGCUAUUGCGUGGGCAACGCACAGGGCGUGCGUGAAAGCUGUGCGCAUGCGCAGAUGGUGCAGUUGCAUGCGCAGCACAUGGGGAGGAGCUGUGCAUUAGUGCAGAUAGCACACAUGUACACAAAGCACGCAAAGCAUGUACCUGUUCAGCACUUGGUGAGUAAAAGUUUCGCCACCACUGGUAUAGGGUAACCUGCUUGAGCAGAGGGUUGGAUUAGAAGACUUCUAACUUCCCUUCCAUCUCUAUUCUGAUUGAUUGAUUGAAUACAUGGGGAUCCAUAAUAUUUGUAUAUUCAUUGAACUGAACUGAAUUGAACUGGUCAUUUUUGCCUUGACUAUGGCUACUUUUAACCCAGUUUGACCUAUUGUUGGGGUCCAGCUUUGAAUUUCACAUGUCAUAUAAAGCCCCCAACCUGCCAAUUAUUAUCCAUUUCUUUUGUAGAAUUACUGCAACAUUCCUCUUUCACUAUGAUCUAGCAGUAAAAUUAAAAUGAUAAGAAAUUCAUGUAAUUGUAUAAUUCACAUCAUCUCUGUUCACAAGCAGGGCUUUUCUUGAGGAAGAGAAUUUGCAGCCCACUUUUUGUGUAAAGGAUGAAGUCAAAUGCUCCAUUCAUGAGGAUCGUGGGAAAAUAUCUCAUCCGAUUAUUGACUUACUUUAUUUUCACAUAUUUGAGCCAGGGGUGAAAUCCAGCCAGUUCUAUCGGGCUUGGGCGAACUGGUAGCAGCGGCUGUCGGAGGCUCCGCCUACCUGUGCAGAUAUCAUGAUGGUGGUUUUUUGUGACAUUUUAAGCCUCUGCAUAUUCACAGAAGGCUUUGUGCAUGUGUGGAUGAUGGCGCGUGCAAGCAGAGCGCACACAUUGGCGAACCGGUAGGGAAGUGCAAAUGAGGAAUCGGCACCUCAGAAACUUAAUAAACAGCCACCCAUCUGCUGGAGCAGAAGCUGAGGAAGAAAUUGAAAGACACUACACUGGAGGCAAAGCCUAAAAAAUCCAGAGUGAAAAAGCAGGAAAAAUCAAGCUCUGCAGAAGAAGCCAAUAAUACUUCAGUUACUAGUAAGGAGAGGACCAAAAAUUCAUUAUCAUACCAGAAAUAUAGAUAUUGGUCCAUAAAGAAGACUCAGUGCUGUUAUCUUCUUAUUUGGUAGCAGACGGGCACAGAAUUAUUGAGCUUUCAGGUCAUCCUGCUGGCAAAAAGCAUGUGGGGAAGGGUGAUUGGAACUGCUACUGUUAUGUUUGUGUCAGAAGCACCUACCAAGGCGCUUCCGAGUUGAAAGGGUUAGCUGGUGACAUCACCCAAGGGGGCUCCCUUCAUGUCCAUAUUAUUUUCCUACCAGAGUGGUACCUAUUUAUCUACUUGCAUUUUUUCAUGCUUUCAAACUGCUAAGUUGGCAGGAGUUGGGUCAAAUUGAUGGGAGUACAUUGCAUCACGGCUCGCACUCUUGGGUUUGAACUACUGAAGUGUCGACCUCUCAGUGAUCUUUGGACUCAGUGCCCUAACCACAUGAGCCACUGUGUCCCCUUGGAAAAAUGGCUAGUCCAUACUCAGAGGUAUAACCUCCAUCCUUCUCUUUCUCCUGGGUUUCUGAACAACUGAAAUGUUAGUAUAUAGACAAAAAUAUCUCUUUCUAUCAAAACACUUGACAGAUGAAAGUAGGACUGCUAAUAUUUUAAUGUUUUCAGUUUACUAAUUAAUAUUUAUUUACUACACAUGCUAGAUUUAUAUGCUACCUUUCCUCAAGAAGCUCAAGGUAAUACUCAUCACAAUACUUCCUCACCAUAAUGACUCCUCUGUGGCUGAUGGUGGACUUGAACCUUUGCCUCCUAUGUUCUAGUCCAAAGCUAUAGCCACUAUGCCAUGUUGGUUCUCCAUAAGGUAUUUCAUUUCAUGAGCUAACAAAUAUAUUCGUUCUGAAGAACAAUAAACACCUGUUUGUAUCUGCUGGAAAAAAAGAUCUGCAUAUAAGUUUAGUACAUAAAGGAAAAAGAAGUAAAAAUAACUAGAAUAAGAUCCUCCAUACACCUUUGUCCAAUUAUGCCAUCAGUGGAAUAGACAUGAUAGUAACUUUAUAAAUAUACAGUUGUUGGUUGUUUAAACUCUUUCAUUCUUAUUAUGUCAUAUUAUAAUAUAAAAUGGAACACAGAAAUCAAAUCAAUUUAUACUCAAGAAAGCUCAGGAUUUAGAGAAAAGAUUGUUUAAAUUUUGUAGGUGAAAAGAUGGGACUUUCAACCAACUAUUUGCCACUGUCUCAUCUAAAAGAAAACAAGAUGGGACAAUAGCAGAAAAGAAAAUUCACAUGUCGGAAUUAGGUUCCAUCUGAAUUCCUGUAGAGAAAGGAAGAGGGGUUAAACUUUCCCUCACACCCAUGAUUUUACACUGUCUCCAGUACAGAUAAUAUUAAUAAUAAUAAUAACAGAGUUGGAAGGGACCUUGGAGGUCUUCUAGUCCAACCCCCUGCCUAGGUAGAAAACCCUACACCAUUUCAGACAAAUGGUUAUCCAACAUUUUCUUAUAAAUUCCCAGUUUUACUGGUAAAAUGCUAAGACUAGUGGUACAUGCUGCCCAAAAGAGGAAGGAGUAUUUUCAAUGGGUAAAUCUUGACUGAAAUGGCCUUCCAUGGCUAGUAUGGUACUUUGGAUCCCCUAAUUUUAUGGGAAUCUCUCCUGAACGUGUUAGAAAAUGUUGUCUUCCCAUCAAGUGUGAUCUUAAGAGUGAUCAGCUCCUAAGAGUGCAGAUACCAUAUUGUAGUCAAAUUCAUUCAGCAAAUACACAUUAGCCAGGGCACACCCAAAGUAUCCUGUAGCAAUGGGGGUAUUACCAUCUUUUUGUCUCGAUAAUCAACACAGGUGAAGCGAAACAUAGAACAACCUGAUUUGAUCCCAAAAGUCAAGGUAUUUGCUGCUUUCCCAAAGCCAUUCCAUUUGUCCCAUUGUCAGUAUGUACCCCGUUCUUCAUUUCUCAAAUACCUGUCUUGACUCUAGUGUCUCUUCCUAAGCUCUUGUCAGAAAUGUAAAAAAAACUAAAAAGGAGAAGCCACGAGAACAGGAUGAUGAGAAAGUCACAUACGCCAGAUUAAUUAAGGAUCCCAGAAAAGAGAAGGAAACCUCUUCUUCUCAUUCCAGCAUCAGCAAGACACCAAAAAAGAAACACGAAGAGUCUGAUGAUGAAGAUGAAGAUGAGGAGGAGGAAGACUGGGAGGAAGAGGAGGCGUCUGAAAGUGAAGAGCCACCAAAAAUGCCCAAAAGAAAGCUCCUCAAAGCUACUUCAUUGGACAAAAGUAAAGUGAGGAAGGCCAAAAGUAAAGGAAACAAAGCGGAAGCUGGUAUCAAGGCAGCAACUACAAAGACUCUGAAAAAAGACUCAACCUCUGUCUUCCACGUGAAUGAGGAUAACAAAGGCAAACGUGUCAAAAGCAAAGUGCAAAAAAAUAGCGACAUAGAAGAUGAUUCCAGUUCCAAUGCCAAGACAACCAAAUCGGAGAAAAAGAAGAGUGCGGCGUCCAUGUUUCAGACUGGAAGAGAAGGCCUCAAGGAGAAGAAAGCUAAAAAGAAGGUUCCCGCCAAAGCCAUGGAAAAUGAAAGCGAGGAAGAGGUAGUCCAUAAGAACUCCAACCGGAAAGGAAAAGCCAAGAAAUCCAAAAAGAAAGAAGAAAGGCCACCUUCUCCAGUCAUUGAAGAAGACCAUCUUGAGGAAUUUGUGCUGCAGCCAGCUCCUCAUGGAAUGACCAUCAAGUGUCGUCUCACUCGAGACAAAAGAGGAAUGGAUCGUGGUCUCUACCCUACCUAUUACCUUCAUCUUGAUAAUGACAAAAAGAUCUUCUUGUUGGCUGGUCGAAAACGAAAAAAGAGCAAGACAUCUAAUUAUCUGAUUUCCACUGAUCCUACUGACUUGAGCCGAGAUGGAGAGAACUUCAUUGGAAAGCUAAGAUCCAAUUUAAUAGGUACUCGAUUCUCGGUAUUUGACAACGGUGUAAAUCCAGAGAGAGCAAAUGCUGAUUGGUCCAAUGUACGCCAGGAGCUUGCAGCUGUUAUUUAUGAGACAAAUGUAUUAGGUUUCAAAGGACCUCGAAAAAUGACAGUGGUCAUUCCUGGAAUGGAUUCUGAUAAUGAAAGGGUGCCAAUCCGUCCCCGAAAUGAUAAUGAUGGGUUACUCAUGAGAUGGCAGAAUAAGAUAAUGAACAGCUUAAUUGAGCUGCAUAACAAAGCCCCUGUAUGGAACGAUGAAACGCAGUCUUACGUGCUGAACUUCCAUGGAAGAGUUACACAUGCCUCGGUUAAGAACUUCCAGAUUGUGCACAAUGAUGACCCUGAAUACAUCGUUUUACAGUUUGGCCGUGUGGCUGAUGAUGUUUUUACCAUGGACUACAACUACCCACUUUGUGCUGUGCAGGCUUUUGCCAUUGCCCUCUCAAGCUUUGAUGGGAAACUGGCCUGUGAAUAGCAUACCUACAAUGCCAUCAUGCCAAGCUUCAAUGACAUUUCCUCAGCCAGAGAACAGAUACGCUCACGUCUUCAAAUUAGUACUACUGCUCUUCCAGAACAUUCCUGAGCAUUACCUUAUCAUUCUGAAGAAGGUGAUUUGAAAAGGUUGCAAAUUAUCACCUUAAUUUAUUAGCAACAAAUAUGUCUGGCCCAAACUUGCUUGGCAGGAUCCAGUUCCACCCUCUUUCUCAGCAUGCCCGGCAAUUAAGGUUAAUCUGUAUGACCAGGUUGUCCUACUAACCAUUUCUCUGAUGGCAACGUCUAUCCACCCCCAGCCCACCAGGAAGACAAAUUGUACCCACCUUUCCUGUCAUGAACCAAAAAUGAUGUUUUUCCUAAUGCCGUGCUUCAUUUCUGUAUAGAGAAAGAUCACCACUCCAAUUAGCUAUCAUGAACAACGGUGGGGAAACCUCUCCCUUCCAGUCACUCCCUUCCCUUCCAGUUAGCAUUUUGUUCUGGAAUCAACUCUUGGUUGAUCUGAAAAAAGCAGACCCUGCACUCGUCGGAAAAUACUAGGAAGAAAAGGAAAAGCCAGAAUGCCUGACCUCUUCUGAAUGGAUCUAAGUUGAUGAACCUGUUUGCUUCUUGGUUUCAUCAGUGGACCAGCAAAGUGCUGAAGUUUUUCAGGUUUGCUUUAGAUUUUUUGUGCCUACCUCUUCCCCUAGUUUCCACUCUGUUCACAUGCCUACUUGUGUUGUAAUUGCAUCUCAACAAUUUGGUGGAAAAAGACCAAGACCAAGAAGAAGUGAGCCUUGCUGCUAUAAUAAUAAUAAUAAAAACUUUUAGUUUAUUGUUUCACUGAUCAAAAGUGAAAGGUUCAACUUUUUUUUAAGUUCACUGAUUGAGCCAUUCCUUCCUUCCUUCCUUCCUUCCUUCCUUCCUUCCUUCCUUCCUUCCUUCCUUCCUUCUCCACUGAUGGAUGUAUCAGUCAGAAACCUAUCAAGUAUGAAGAGAGUCAACAGAGGGGACUUCAAACAAACGUUCUAACAGAGGAAACUAUUGCUCUCAAAGACUCAUCCACAGAAGAGAAGGAUGUUGGUACUUGCUUUCCCAGUAUGAAAAAGAAGAGGGGGGGCAGGGGGGUGUCCACCAAACAGGAGCUGUGGUAAGCAAAACCUAAUCAGAAACUCAGGCCACUGCCAUGGCCAAUGCAGAGAAGAACUUUGAAGUUCAGAAAGGGAUUUCUUAUCCAGCUUCAUUUCUAGCCUAUUUAUACACGGCAGCUUAAGCCUGCAGCGUGGAAAUACUGUCACUAAAUAUAUUAGAAAUAUUUUUAUUUUAAUUUAGUGCUCCUUGAGAAAUCAUCCAUCCUUUGAUCCUACAGGAAACACAGAAACCACCUAGAAGCUCAGAGAGUAUUUUCAUAAGAAACUACUCUAGUGGUCAUUACUGGACUCAUGAGAAUGUAUGAUUUGGCUAAGAGAAUUUAGACAAAAUUGGUAAUUAUUUGUCAAAUAUCUUAAAUAUUCUGUGAAUAUGAUUUCUUUAACUGGAUAUUCUUGGUUUUAUUUGAAUGGUAAUUUCAACUCUAGUAUCAACAUUAGUAUCAUUUCUCCAUAGUAUCAUUGUCAGGGUGUUAACAUCCACCUUUUAAAAAACAGGUCUACUAUCUUUAUUAUCAAUGUUAUACUGUAAUUUUCACCAAGUUAGGACCAAGCUACUCCUAUAUAAAGAUAAUGCUAGGAAGGAAGGAAGGAAGGAAGGAAGGAAGGAAGGAAGGAAGGAAGGAAGGAAGGAAGGGAGUGUAUUUUACAAAAUAAAUUAGCAGAUCUCAAUCAAAUUUAUCAAGUGGUGAAAGCACAGGGAGGUAUUCUGGUAAAUGCUGUUAACCUUAUUUAAGUUUAGUUGCAAAUGUAUUUUUAGUUAUUAUCCCACCUUGCUUUCCAAGAAUGGAUGCAUUAUACAUCAUUUGGGAGUAGGGAAGUCUCCCUCACUAUUUAGCCACCUGUUGUUUAAUGCAUAACUGAUAACUUCCAUCCUACAAUCUGAACACCCUCAGACUAAACUAUUUCUUCACUGAAAUAGACAGUCAAAAGCAGCAGAAAGCUCCAGUGGAAGGCUAAGUUGUUGCAGGAAGUACUUAGUAACAAUGACUCAAAAGGUGUGGCCCUCUUUGUGAAUCAUAGUGUGGCACUUCACAAGAGUAUCGAUGAGGGGUGCUAUGCUUGCUUUUUCUUCUCUGAAGCCUUCGCCUGAGACUUGUCUUCCUGGGGGGCUCAUUUGGUGGAUUUGCCUGAAAAUGGAUGUGCUUAAAUUUGAGUAGGACAUCAAUGGUGCUUAAGCCACCCAACAGAACUCUUGUUUCAUCCAGGGUUCAGUUAGGUAGAGUGAGAGCCUUUACUUCCUGUCCUCAUGUGACAUUCAUGGUUAUUACUGUGGGAUGUAGGAUGAUGCCUUCCAAGUCAUAAUGAAUCAUACAUGUAGGUGUGGAAGGAAGGCUGGGAGAUGUUUUGUACAUGUGAGCUGUAAUUAAUUGCUAUUGUUAUUCUGAUUAAUUGUAAAAGGAAAGACACAUAUAAAUCUUGGCGGUUUCUGAGUGUUUUCCCCUCCCCCUCCUUUAUUUAAUAUGAACCAUUGUUAUAAUAAUACAGAAGCCUUUCCCAACCUGAUUUCCUCCAGAUAUAUUAGGCUAUAACUCCUAUCAUCCUCAGCCAGCCUUUAGCACAACACAUUUGCAAAACACUAUGCCAGGAAAGGGCAAUUUAUAUCUGGAUAAACAAAGGCAUCAGUGAGCUCCAGGCUGAAAAAUGCAAUGUUACAGUCAAAGUUUGUUACAGUUUGUGAUGACCUCCUACAAGAGGAGUGUAAGAACAUUAUUCAGACAAGUACAAAUGUAUUGCAGCCACUCAGAAAACAAGAAGAAAACAGAUCACCUAUACAACAUCUGCUAACAAAAUGGAUACUCUCACAACUUUAUAAAAAAAAUGACUGAUCAUUCAACCACUACAGCACAAUCAACACAAGCUCUGAAAUGGAUAAUGCUACCAUACAUCAAAAACAUCUCAGAAAGAACCGGACUAUUGCAACUACAUGGCACUACUGUAGCAUACAAACCAACUAAAACCCUCCAAAACUUCUUAAGUAAACCAAAAGACCCAGUAGCCCAAGAACAAAAACCAAGAGUCACCUACAACAUACUGUGUAAGUGCUGUAGUAACAACUAUGUAGGGCAGAGAAGCAGAAGACGAGCACAGUGCAUCCAAACAGCAACCAGAAGACAUAAUGAAAAUGCUUUAACUUCACAAUACAUGGUCAGACUCAACCGUAGUUUAACUGGAGAACUGUGAGCAUCCUAGAGGAAGCUAAAUCCAAAAAGUUAGAUUCCAUAAAGCUUGACAUUCAUACAAAUCAGCCAUCAAUCGACACAAAGAGAAAUCACAUUUACACGAAAGAAAUUCAAAAGAAAUAAUAAAAAGUUAAGAAGGAAACAAAAAUCACCAGAUAUUAUCCCCUCCAAUAAGCAUGGAUUAACAUCAGACAAACAAGCAGAAAAUAAUGCCAUAAUCAAGAAAUUACUAAGAAGAAAACCAUACACUCUCCAAUACUGGCAAGGCAAGCUACUGUAUAUAAACAGGGAGCAAACCAGUGGUGAGUUACCCCCGGUUCCAACUGGUUCUAUAGAACCGGUAGUAAAAUCAGCGGGAAGCUCCGUCCACUGACCCAAACAUCAUCAAAAGUCUUCUGCGCAUUUGCAAACACUUCUGCUCAUGCACAGAAGAGCAUAGGCAUGAUGCGAACCGGUAGUAAAAGUAAGUAAAACCCACCCCUGGAGCAAACCCCACACUCACUAGUACUGAUGAUGGUACCUAUUUGAGUAAUGAAAUGUCUACAAACAAACAAGUUCAGAGAGUACGAAAGGUUCAACCCUAAGCUACUUAUAUUCUGUUCAUUGUAAUGAAGUCUUAGAUAAGUACAUUUGUCUUGGGUUAUUAGUCCCCAUAAGCAAUUACUUUUGAAACCAUCUGUUACGUAAUUUUUAAAAGAUUUAUCACAUUUUAAGGCCACAUCAAAGACAAGAGAUUGACACAAUAGAGGAAAGCAUUUUCAAACUCCGUGAUAAUUAAAAGCAAAAUAUGAAAAAUCAUUGAAAAAAAUGUCCUUCUGUGAAUUAGCUUCUUCACAAUCAGACACCGUAGUGGUCCAUCAUUAAUAAGAUUAGCUCUCUUCAAUCUGACAUAAUUUCUGAAAAGAGAACCAUUGGAAGAGAACCUUGUCAGGUAUGAAAGAUCAGGUACACACUGUGAAAGUCCAAUUAAAUCGAUUGAUUGCUACGCAUGCCUAUGCACAGAAAUAUUCUCAACUAAUAGUUAGCAUCUAUCAGGAGUUAGAUAAGAGCCAACAGAAUUCAAAGGGGAGGGGCAACUUAAUUCGUUGGACUUAGUUUGCUCGUGGUAAUGUAGAGAUUCUUGGCUCUUUUAAUUCUUCUCCCAGGUUCUGGUACUCCAUCCCCUACAAAUCUUGAAAUUGCCCAAGAAUAAUUUUAUUACCACAAAUAGUGCCAUGAACACAAAUUUUUCAGCAGUUUUUUUCUCCAGAAGUUCUCAUUCAAUUUGAUAAAAGUCGAUUUGCUUUUGAAAUUUCCUUUUGAAAUUUUUCAAAGGUGAAAAGAAUGUUAAUUGAUUUCUCAUGGAUAGUGUGUGGUCUUCUGGGUAUUCGUUAUUUCUUUUUUUAAAAAAAAGAUUAUGUAAGAGUUUUUCAAGCAAAACAAGACAAGCUGAAAAGAAAAAAAAAUGAAGAUAAAAAGAGCAGAAAAUGAAAGAACAAUAAAGAAAAGAUAAAAAACCUAAAAGUAGAAAAAAUGAAUGACUUCCAACAAACUUAAUAUCCAGCCUCCCUCAAAUUACAAAAAUCCCUCAGCCCCUUUAGUCUUUUCCAAUAAUUAAAUCCAUAAAUCAUCACUGUACUUUUCUCUGUUUUUAGCAAAAAAAAUCCAUAAAAGGUUUCCAGGUUUUUUUUAAAAAAAAUACUUGUUUUAUUCUGACUAAACAGGUCAAUUUUGAUAUUUCUGACAAUUCCAACAUCUUCACAACUCAUUUCUCCAUUGUGGGAAUUUCAGUAUCCCUCCCCCCCUGUUGUGCAGAUAAUAGUCUUGCUGGAGUAACCAUGUGUAAAAUCAGUCUUCCGUGAGUUUUUCUAGCUGACUGUCCAUAAAUUCCAACAAGAAAAUAUCUGGCUUUUUCUCAAUAUUUUUCAGUAUUAAGUUUUAUGACUUUUUAUAUCAUUGUAUGUAUUUGUAUCCAGAAUUUUCUAGCUUUUUCAUAAAUCCACCAUGCUUAAUAAAAUGUCCCUUUGUGCUUUUAGCAUUUCUAACAUUGAUUUGAGGUACCUUGAUAUAGCUUCGAUCGUUUCCCUGGUGUCAUAUACUAGUAAUACAGUUUUAUAAAAAAAAAAACACCUUCUCUUCAAUUGUAACAAAAUGUGAAUGUUACUCCAUUUAUCUACAUUGUCUCCCAUGUAUCCAUUUGUAUGACCAAAAUUCAUAAUCCUUUUUAUCAUGUAAGUGUAAUACAUAGCUUGUUCUUGAUCAGUUUCAAACCUUAAUAAAAGCUUGUACACUUUUUAAAUCACAUGUUCAUCAUUUGUGUAUAAUUGAGUUUCCAAUUCGGUCUUACAUUGAUCAAGUCCAGUUAUCUUUUACCUAUAUUACAUAUUUUUCUUAAUUGUGCACAUGAAAAUCAUUGAAAAGUAUAUUCCCCUGCUGUCAUUUGUUCUCUUGACUUUGUCUUAAAUUCCUCUCC